AGCCGAAAUGUUAUUUGUGUGCACGGUUAAGGCCAGUUAGCACACUCAGUCGGUGUUUUCUGCAGGCAACUUUAACCAGUUAGCGUUAUUGUUGCUUUGAGAUGGAGCAGCGGACAGACGGCGAGGAGGUCGUUCAGCAUCUGCCGGAGUGAAAAGGGAAACCAUCAUGUCUUGCAAAGCCGCAACCAAGGACAAGAAGUCGAGCUUCAGUAAGAAGCUGUUCAGACGAGGCUCUGUCCGAUCCGUGGGCAGUUUCAUGAGCAGAGUCCUGAGGACGCUGACAGCCUUAUCACACUUUGGAUCUGAAGUCCAGACCGAGGACGACAAGGACGAUGGAGGCUUCUCCACUUUUAGAUCUGGAAACAAAGAUGUUCCCAUGGAGGAUGGGGAUCUGGGAGGGUUCCUGUCCGGAGAGAGGGUCCCCGGGGUGUCGGGGCUGAAAAACCACGGGAAUACCUGCUUUAUGAACGCGAUCCUGCAGUGUCUCAGCAACACCGAGCUGUUCGCAGAGUACCUGGUUUUGGAGCAGUAUAAAGACGAGGAGCAGGGUGAGGACAACCAGCCAAAGACAAACUGUGUGCAUCUGCAGAAGAAGGGGCCUCUGGGCAAAGGAGAAGUGACCGAGCAACUGUCAGGACUUGUGAGGGCUUUGUGGACAUUUGAGUAUACACCUCAGCACAGCAGAGACUUCAAGAAUGUUGUGUCAAAAAACGCCACCCAGUUUAAAGGCAACGCUCAGCACGAUGCUCAGGAGUUUCUGCUGUGGCUGCUGGACAGAGUGCACGAGGACCUGAACACUACGAACCUCAACAGCAGGCCUGCCAUGAAGCCACCUGUUGAAGAAGAGGACCGAAGCAUAGAGGGACCAUCUCCUCCCCUCUCUGCUGGGUCUUUUGUCCAGGAACUCUUUCAGGCUCAGUACAGGUCUUCUCUUACCUGCCCACAUUGUCAAAAACAGAGCAACACCUUUGAUCCCUUCCUAUGUAUCUCGUUACCGAUCCCUCUGCCACACACACGGCCCCUGUAUGUGACGGUGGUCUACCAGGGGAAGUACUCCCACUGUAUGAGGAUUGGAGUCGCUGUCCCUCUCAAAAGUACCGUCUACCGCCUCAGAGAUGCUGUGUCACGUGAAACCAAGAUCCCCAUGGACCAGUUUGUUUUGACGGAAAUGUACUACGAUGGCUUCCAUCGAUCAUUCUGCGACGACGACGACGAUCUGAACAUCAUUCAAGAGAGUGAUUCCAUCUUUGCCUUUGAGACACCAGAGACCUUCAAACUGGAAAGCUUACGCACAAAAAGAGGAAGCCUUCUGGCAAACCUGAACCAUAAUAAUUUAAAGUACGGAGCAGAAAUCAGCAGGACUCCGUCCUUCAUGCAGGGGGCUGUGACUCCUGUAACUGGAUCACCCAAUAAAAACUUAGGGCCAGAAAAAAUGAUCCUUUUAGUGUGUAACAGAGCAUGUACUGGCCACCAGGCUAAAAGGUUUGGUCUGCCUUUUGUACUGUACAUGGAGCGCACUGUGACCUGGGAUGCUCUGCAAAAAGAGAUCCUGGAAAAAAUGCGACACAUUUUGAGGCCUGGGGUCUACAUUCAGGUUGGACCGUUCAGUCUUCGGGUGGUUGGUGUUGUUGGUAUUACCUACCUCCUUCCUCAAGAUGAAAGACCACUGUGUCACCCAACUGUUGAAAGAGCAUACAAGUCCUGUGGACAGGGGGGACCUCCACAUGUGAAGAUUGUAGUGGAGUGGGACAAAGAGACCAAGGACUAUCUGUUUGGACACACUGAGGAGGAGUACAUCCCAGAUGCUGAGAGUGUUUAUCUGCACAAGCAGCAGCACCAUCAGCCCCAGGCCUGCACUCUCGCUCAGUGCUUACAGCUCUACACCAAGGAAGAGCAGCUGGCCCCUGAUGAUGCCUGGCGCUGUCCCCACUGCAAGCAGCUGCAGCAGGGCCGGAUAAAGCUCAGCUUGUGGACGCUGCCGGAUGUGCUUAUACUGCAUCUCAAGAGGUUCAGACAGGAGGGCGACCGGAGAGUGAAGAUGCAGAACAUGGUCCGGUUCCCACUGAUGGGGAUGGACAUGGCUCCACAUGUAGUCAAACGCAGCCAGAGCAGUUGGAGUUUACCCUCCCAUUGGUCGCCAUGGAGACGCUCCUACGGCCUUGGAAGAAACCCAGAUGACUUCCUGUACGACCUGUACGCUGUGUGCAACCAUCACGGCAAUAUGCACGGAGGCCACUACACUGCUUAUUGCAAAAACUCUAUUGAUGGUCAGUGGUAUUGCUUUGAUGACAGUGAGGUCUCACCAGUAGCUGAUGAUAAUGUUUGUCAGCAGACAGCUUACAUACUGUUUUAUCAGAGGAGAACUGUUAUUCCCUCCUGGUCGGCCAACAGCUCUGUCGCUGGUUCCACCAGUUCUUCCCUGUGUGACCACUGGAUCAACAGGCUGCCUGGCAGCAGGCCUGCGAGCUUGGCCUCAGGAGCCUCUUCCAGACGCACCUCUCUGGCUUCACUAGCCGAGUCAGUAGAGUUUCCUGUGGAGCGUAAUGAGGAUGAUGGUGGAUUCUCUGUGCGUCCGUUUGUGAGAAGUAUUCAGCAUCAGAGCUUGUCCUCCCGGUCAUCUAUUGCCAGUCCUUUAGUCUUCAGUGAGAGUGGGUUGAAGCCCUCUUGGUCUCUCUCUGCCAAGCUGCAAAUGAGAUCCAACUCACCUUCACGUUUCUCCCUCGACUCCCGUUGUUCUCCUCCUCUGGAGAGGAUUGGAGAGGCAUGCGACGAUAAGGUUUCCACCUCUUGUUUUGGCAGCUACAGUAGGCACGAGCGGUACUUUGGCAGCAGGACGCCUUUGUCCAUGAUGGAGAGCAACUUCAGUGACAACGACGACAACAAGAGAUUCAUAGACGUGAUGUACUGCAGGGCUCCCACUCCAGUAGAGAAGAAGAGCAGCAAAACUGAAGCAACAGAAAACAACAACGAGAUUACAGCUGCAGACCAAAACACGUUACCCACUCAAGCUACUCCCUCCAAAGAGCAGAAACGAAAAAGUAGCAUUGGAGGAUUUGCCAUUAAGGCGGAAAGCACAGGCCCUGCAAAAAGUUCCAGCAAAACGGAACAAGAAAAGACCUCCAAGAAAAGACUGUGCUAUAACAAUAAGACCCCUGCUUCAGAUGUGUCUUCCAGUACACCUACUAAAAGCAAAAAGGUGAGCGGCGCAAAAGACAAGACUGUGACCGCAAAGAAAAGCACCUCAACACCCAGUGGAACUCCCUCCAAAACAAAAGACUCUAAUAAACCUGUAGCGGCAACACCACAACAUAAGCCAUGUGUUCCCUCUACACCUCAGGCCUCAGCUUCUCCCUCGCCUACUGCAAAGAAGAGUUUGAGUAGCGCUGAGAAAAGCUCCACAGGCAGCCGGAAACGGCUGGUAGAAAGGAGCUGCAGCAGAGACUCCGUGCACACCAGCCCUCUGGUCGACAGCCUUCGAGGCAGCUGUGCAGCUCGUUCCUCACUUUCCAAGAACGGGGACGGCAACCGGAUUGAGAGGAGAUCUGUGAGGAGCUCCAGCAGCAGUUCUUCUGUAACGAGCCUACGCUCGCCCAGCGUGUCUACCAGAGACCUGCAGCGGAGCAGCAAAUCUGAGGAGAAAGGCUUGUCUUUCUUCAAGAGCGCCCUUCGACAAAGAGAAAGUCGCCGGUCGGCUGAUUUAGGAAAAAGCGCCAUGCUUACCAAAAAGGCCUCGGAAAGGACAUGCAAGCAGAACGGACAAGCUAAGGAGAUGGACGGUGAUGAGCGAAAGACUGGAGAUACGGCGUCUUCGCAAACAGAGACUCGUGAAGGUGUGUCCAAGUCAGAGAAACAGGAGUCUUCCAAACCCCCCAGCUCUCUCAGUCGCACCCUACUAAACGUUGGGAAGUCCAAGUCUUCCACAUCGGUCGUAAGUAGCAAGUUUCCCACUAAUGGGAAGAAGCCUCUUGAAAGGAUGGCGUCUUCCCGAAAGCUGCCGUCAAGCAUGCAGUCUCCUGCACGAACAGCACAGAGGCCUCAGUGAUACAUCUGUGGUGAAUAUAUUCAGCAAUCAAAAUGCAGCUAAUUACUUUGUGCCUAGAUUUUUCCGUU